AUGGGCGAGAUGAGCCUGGAGAACAAGGAGCAGGCAUGGGGGAGCCCAGCUACCGCGGGCGCUGUGGCAGAGGACAAAUCCUUCAAAGCCACGCUGGUGAUCUCCACCAAUGAGGUGAUGGUGGUGGACAACAGCCCCAUCACCAGCGGCCGAGAGGUCACCUGCACAACCGGAGGGGCAGACGGCCACCCGGCCAGCGAUGCCUUGGCAGUGGAGAGCUCCACCAGCAGCGGGCCAGGAGAGGACAACUCCGGCAUCGCGGAGGACCUCCCUGAUUGCAAGACAACGGCGGAGAACGCGCCAAGUCAGGCAGCUACGGUGCCGGACACACCCGCCACAGAAACCAGCUCAGCUUGUCUCGUGGUCAAGGAGGGCGACGCCACUAACGUGGCGAUGGCGGAGGUCAACUCCACCAAUUUCAAGCUGGAGGACACGUGCAUCGAUGAGGUGGCGCCCGGCGCAUCUGCUGGCAAGGCUCUGUGUGGGGGUGACACGCAGCAGGCGGACCCGCCCGCGGUUCUGGGCAGCCCGACCAGCUGUGCCAUCAUGGCCUCGGAGGCCUGCUGGUUUGCAUGUUAA